AUGGAGGGCGCCGAGCCCCGUGCGCGGCCCGAGCGCCUGGCGGAGGCCGAGGCGCGGGCUGCCGACGGCGGGCGGCUGGUGGAGGUGCAGCUUAGCGGCGGCGCGCCGUGGGGCUUCACCCUGAAGGGCGGCCGCGAGCAUGGCGAGCCGCUGGUCAUCACCAAGAUUGAAGAAGGAAGUAAAGCAGCAGCUGUGGACAAGUUGCUGGCUGGAGACGAGAUUGUGGGCAUCAAUGACAUUGGUCUCUCAGGGUUUAGACAGGAAGCUAUUUGUCUGGUGAAAGGAUCCCAUAAGACCCUUAAGUUGGUGGUCAAAAGGAGGAGUGAGCUGAGCUGGAGGCCUCACUCCUGGCACGCCACCAAGUUCUCCGAUGGACACCCUGAGCCAGUCUCCUCUCAGUUCCCUGCUGCCAGUGGCUGCCCUUCCUGGCACAGCCGACACCAUGCGAGUUCUUCCUCCCAUGACCUGUCUGGCUCCUGGGAGCAGACGAACCUGCAGCGCACUUCUGACCACUUCAGCUCCCUGGGGAGCGUGGAUAGCCUGGACCACUCCUCCCAGCCCUCUGGACGCCUCUCAGCUGCCAAGUCCAACAGCAGCAUUGACCACCUGAGCAGCCACAGCAAGCGGGACUCAGCUUACGGCUCAUUUUCCACCAGCUCCAGCACCCCUGACCACACUUUGCCCAAGGCCGAUGCCUCGUCUGCAGAGAACAUCCUCUACAAAGUUGGCCUUUGGGAGGCCUCUAGGCAUAGCAGCCGGCAAGGCCAGGCCGUGAGUGAUCCUCAGGUCCCAGAGGACAGGUCACUGUGUUUCCCAGCCAGGGUACCUAAUGAUAGCAGUAAAAGCCCCUGGCCAGAGGACAAUGCUGAGCCUAAGUUGGCCACUUCUGGGAGAUCCAGUUUUGGGCCAGUUUGGUAUGUUCCUGACAAGAAAAAAAACUCUUCUUCCCCCCCUCCUCCCCCACCUCCUCUGCGCAGUGAUAGCUUUGCUGCCACCAAGAGCCAUGAGAAGGUGCAAGGCCCUCCAUUCUCAGAGGCAGCCACCACGCAGCACUUUACAGCCCUGGCUCGGGCUCAACCCCGCAGUGAUUGGAGACCAGAGAGGACUGAUCGGCGAAGGCUGGUAUGCCCGAGUAGUGGGAAGGAAGUGGGAGGCCAAGGCUACCUGCUGGAGGGCCACACGGACUGUGGUUGGCUGUGCUUAGAUGACAGGGCAGGCAGUUCCCUAGGGGCUCCCGACAGGCUGUUCGGCACAGAGGUGCAUUUCCGGCAACCUCACCCUGGGGGUCAGCACCUGCGCCAAUGCAGUGACCAAAGCCACAGGGCCCCUGUGUCACCAAAGGAACUGCAGCGGGUGGCCCUCUCUGGAGGUCGGCAGGAGCCUCCCGCCACGCACCACCAAGAUGACAGCCCCUCUGUGGGGAGGUGGCCCAGUGCUGCCAACCAGAAGGUGGACAGUGGUGGGUUGAGCCACUAUUACUGCGUGCCUGCCAGGCAGCCCCUGCAGGGAAGCACCCAGGUGACAAAGCUCCGUGGGGAGUAUUGGCAUUCGGAUGCAGCCUCAGGAGCCCUGGAGCAUGCUCCUACACACCUGAUGGGCCAGAGCCCACGAUGCUACCUACCUCAGCAUGAGCAGGCUCUGGAUGCCCCGGAGAGAGAGCAAUGUCCCCUACUGGAUUCAGGGGCCGAAGGCUGCUUCUCGGGAAUCCAAGAGCCUCCCAGAGCCAGCCGUGCUGAGAAAGCCAGUCCACAGAAGACAGCUGAGGGCUUCAAGUGGGCGGAGGGAGAGAGCAGCAGAAUCUCUCGCCAGAGGACACCCAUGCUGCACUCCCUGACCCAAGAGGGGAUGUGCCAGCCCGAGAAUGGCCAGGAUGGUGGCACUGAGAAGCUACCGCCAUUCGAUGCCCAGGUGGGUAAGCCAGCACGGAGAAGUGACCGAUUUGCCACCACUCUGAGGAACGAGAUCCAGAUGCGUAGAGCCAAGCUGCAGAAAAGCAAGAGCACGGUGACGCUGGCUGGAGCCAGUGAGGCUGAGGACAGUGCCAGCAGCUGGACAGCUGAGGUGGGUGGCACCCUAGAAGGUUCCUUCUCUAGCACCUAUAAAGACCACCUGAAAGAGGCCCAAGCACGGGUCCUGAGAGCCACCUCCUUUAAGCGCCGGGAUUUAGACCCCAACCCAGUGGACCAGUAUCCCGGGUCACUAGAACACAGGACUGGGGACCACAGCACCUUAUCUUCAUUCCCUCAGGAGCCAAACUCUGUCCCCCACUUCUGUGAGGCAGGACUGGCCAAGCCACCCUCAUCUGGAGGUGGCAUGCCCCACGUUCCUCGUAUUGGAGGCCGGAAACGGUUCACAGCCGAGCAGAAACUGAAGUCGUACUCUGAACCAGAGAAAAUGAAUGAGGUGGGGCUCUCGGUGGAUUGCAGUCCUCACCAGCAUCCCACAUCACCCGAGGAUACUGUGGGCACAUUUGCUGACCGGUGGAAGUUUUUUGAGGAAACAAGCAAACCCCUCCUCCAGAGACCAGGCCAGAGACAAGCUCUGUGUGGAGUCCCGAGGGAGAAGGUGGAGAGGCCGCGGACAGCAGGCCACAGGAGUGAGGGGGCCGACUCUGGGCUCCAGACUAGGUCUCGUGCCACUUCCUUUGGAGAAAUCCUCAAUGGUCACAGGGAAGCAGAAAAGUUCGGGAAAUUGGACCCACCUCAGAGACUUGGAACCUUUGCAGAGUACCAAGCCUCUUGGAAGGAGCAGAGGAAGCCCCUGGAGGCCAAGAGUGCUGGGCGGUAUCACUCAGCAGAUGAUAUUCUGGAUGUGGGUUUGGACCAGCACCAGAGGCCACAGUACGUCCAUGAAAGGUCCCGGUCGUCACCAUCCACAGACCACUACACACAGGAAGUGGCUGUCAAGCCGCGAAGGCAGUCGGAGGAGCCGAGUGGGCAUCAAGAAGCAGUUCCCUCCACAGUCUCUGCCGAGGAGGGACAGUCCGCUGUACGGCAAGCAGAUGCCCAGGGUCUGGCAGUGAGCCCAGGAGCACCACAGGACCCACCAGAUCAGAACCCACAGACCCCGUUCACAUUGUCUGAAUCAUCCCACACUUGGGAAGCCCCAGAGCUGCCCCAGGAGGGCCGGGGCCGAGCAGGGACUCUACCCCGCGAUUAUAGGUACUCAGAAGAGAACACACGGGAAGACUCAGGACCUCUGACCCAGGGAACCCCUUCGUCCCCACAUGCUCAGGGAGAGGAUUCGUGGCCAGUGAGCACAGCAGCACUCCCCAAGAGGCCAGCCCCGCAGAGGCCUCCACCGCCCAAGCGCGAGCCCAGGAAGUACAGUGCACCUGCAGACACUCAGCCGGCUGCUCCUGGCAGGCCCAUCCCAGCGCCGUCCCCUGUGUCCCUGGAGGCGUGUGUGACCCACCAGCCCCUCUCCCAUAGCCCCUCUGUGUUCAGCAGUACCCAGCCUCAAGACAUCCCAAAGGCUACCACCCAUGAGUGUGACAUCCAGCAUGUGAAUGAGGACACGUCCCAUCCUCGGCCGGAAGCACUGCCCCCUUCCAGGUUCCAGCACCUACAGGCAACCACCAUGGAGACCUCUCGCUCCCCCUCGCCUCAGUUCGCCCCCCAGAAGCUGACAGACAAACCCCCCCUGCUCAUCCAAGAUGAGAAUUCAACAAGAAUCGAGCGGGUGAUGGACAACAACACCACCGUGAAGAUGGUGCCCAUCAAGAUCGUGCACUCGGAGAGCCAGCCUGAGAAGGAGAGCCGCCAGAGCCUGGCGCGCCCAGCUGAGCUGCCUGUGCUGCCCAGUGGUCUGGAGAGAGAUCAGAUCAAGACCCUGAGCACAUCCGAACAGUGCUACUCCCGCUUCUGCGUGUAUACCCGCCAUGGUGCUGAGACUGAGGCCCCACACAAAGCCCAUUCUCUGGAGCCCCAGCCCUCCAGCACCCCCAUACCACCUGCAAAGAAUGUCUGUGCCUCCCCUCCUGGGCUCAGCUACAUGAAGACUAAAGAGAAGACCAUUGAAGACCUGAAGUCGGAGGAGCUGGCCAGGGAGAUCGUGGGAAAGGAUAAAUCCCUGGCUGAUAUCCUGGAUCCCAGCGUGAAAAUCAAAACCACCAUGGACCUAAUGGAGGGAAUAUUCCCCAAAGAUGAACAUCUCCUGGAGGAAGCACAGCAGCGGAGGAAGCUGCUCCCCAAGAUCCCCUCUCCCAGAACCGCGGAGGAGAAGAAGGAAGAGCCAAGUGUGCCUGCCCCCGUGUCUCUGGCCACCAAUUCCACCUAUUACAGCACAUCAGCCCCCAAGGCGGAGCUGCUGAUCAAGAUGAAGGACCUGCAGGAGCAGCAGGAGCCUGAGGAGUACUCGGGGAGUGACUUGGACCAUGACCUGUCAGUGAAGAAGCAGGAACUCAUCGACAGCAUCAGUCGCAAACUGCAAGUGCUCCGGGAAGCCCGGGAGAGCCUGCUGGAGGAUAUCCAGGCCAACAAUGCACUUGGUGACGAGGUGGAGGCCAUCGCAAAAGAUGUGUGCAAACCCAAUGAAUUUGACAAGUUCCGGAUGUUCAUCGGGGACCUGGACAAAGUGGUGAACCUUCUGCUCUCGCUGUCAGGCCGCCUGGCCCGGGUGGAAAAUGCCCUCAAUAAUUUGGAUGACAGUCCAUCUCCUGGUGACCGGCAGUCGCUGCUCGAGAAGCAGAGAGUCCUCAUCCAGCAGCAUGAGGAUGCCAAGGAACUCAAAGAGAACCUGGACCGCCGCGAGCGCAUCGUGUUUGACAUCCUGGCCGCCUACCUCAGCGAGGACAGCCUGGCAGACUAUGCGCACUUUGUGAAGAUGAAGUCGGCCCUCAUCAUUGAGCAGAGGGAGCUGGAAGACAAAAUACACCUCGGGGAAGAGCAGCUGAAGUGCCUGUUUGACAGCCUGCAGCCCGAAAGAGGCAAAUAA